AUGUCUGUUGGUGAAUAUGACAAAGCCAAAAAAUAUACUAAGAAAGCACUUGAGAUCAGAAUAGAAACUGGUGACAGAGCAGGAGAAGCAGCAGAUUACGGAAACCUGGGAAUUAUGUUUAAAUCUCCUGGUGAACGUGACAAAGCUAAAGAAUAUCUUGAGAAAGCACUUGAGAUCAGAAUGGAAAUUGCUAAAGAAUAUGUUGAGAAAGCACUUUCGAUCGGAAUAGAAAUUGGUGACAGAGCAAAAGAAGCAGCAAAUUAUGGAAACUUAGGAACUGUGAUGAUCUCUGUUGGUGAAUAUGACAAAGCCAAAAAAUAUACUAAAAAAGCACUUGAGAUCAGAAUAGAAAUUGGUGACAGAGCAGGAGAAGCAGCAGAUUACGGAAACCUGGGAAUUAUGUUUAAAUCUCUUGGUGAAUAUGAAAAAGCUAACGAAUAUCUUGGGAUAGCACUUGCGAUAAGAACUGAAAUCGGUGACAGAGUAGGAGAAGCAGCAGAUUAUGGAAACUUAGGAAUUAUAGGAGGAGAGGCAGCAGAUUACGGAAACUUAGGAACUGUGUUUUAUUCUCUUGGUGAAUACGAUAUGGCUGAAGUUUAUCUUGAGAAGGGGCUUUCAGUUACUCGAGACAUUGGAGACCUCGACAAAGAGAUUACAUUUCUUGGGAACCUUACUAUGCUAACGGUGUCUCAAGGAAAGAUCCAGGGGGCGUUUGACCUUCUGCUCUUGAGUUUGGACAAAAGCGAAAGUUUGCGUGAUUUUCUAAGAGAAAAUGAUCAAUUUAAAAUAUCGUUUUCAGACGCUCAUGAUUUUAUUUACAGGAAUCUUUGUUUAUUGUUCUGUUUUACUGGAAAUCCCAAGAAUGCUCUUUAUGUUCUAGAACUGGCACGAGCUAGAGCCUUAACAGACUUGAUGACGACUCAGUACUCAGUUGAAUGGCAAAUCUCAGCUAACCCAAAGUCAUGGAUUGGCAUUGAGAAUAUUAUGACCAAAGAAAGUAACUGUCCUUGCCUUUACAUUUCUUAUUCUGCUCAACUUUUGUUUUUGUGGGUUCUCAAAACAAGCGGUGUCAUUCAUUUUCGAGCAGUACGAGUAGACGAACACAUUGGUAAAAAAGAACUACUUGACAGUUUAGAUGAAUUCUUUGCUAAAAGUUUUCGAAGUUUUGGUGUUUUACCUGAGGAGGAUUGCGAAGAUCGAUCUUUAAAUGCCAUUGUGCGAGAGCUGAAGUCAUGCAAAGAAGAGCGCCGCGCGGCUUUGCGACUUGAAGAAGGUGAUGAUGAAGAGAGCCAAAAUCCCGAAUCAAGCCUUUCUUUGUGUUACAGAAUAUUCAUCGAUUCUGUAGCUGACUUACUGCAGGAGCGCGAAAUCAUCAUUUUUCCUGAUCACUCCUUAAACCAAGUUCCAUUUGCGGCAUUAACUGACAAAGACGGAAAGUAUUUAUCCGAGACUUUCAGAAUUCGCAUCGUUCCCUCUUUGACGACUCUCAAGCCCAUUCAGGGCAGUCCUGCGGACUAUCACAGUCAGACUGGUGCGCUCGUACUGGGGAAUCCAGAUGUUUGUAGAGUACGUUAUAAGGGAAGCAAAAAAUACUUUUCUAGGUUACCUUGUGCAGGAAAUGAAGCAGCCAUGAUUGGGCGACUGCUGGGCAUUCAGCCUUUGAUAGGACAGCUAGCCACAAAGCAGGCAGUACUUGAAAGAUUACCUUCAGUAGGUCUGGUUUAUUUAGCUGCGCAUGGCAAUGCCGAAAGAGGAGAAAUUACCCUAUCUCCCACACGCUCUAGUAAUAAGAUUCCAAAAGAGGAUGAAUACCUAUUGACGAUACCUGACAUUGCAAAAGUUCAACUCCGAGCUAAAUUAGUAGUACUUAGCUGCUGUCAUAGUGCACGUGGCCAGAUCAGAGCCGAGGGAGUUAUUGGAAUCGCUCGAGCGUUCUUGGGAUCUGGUGCACGGUCAGUACUGGUGGCACUUUGGGCAAUUAAGGACAGUGCAACUGAGCAGCUGAUGUGUCGUUUCUAUGAGCAUCUUGUUCGUGGGAAGAGUGUCAGUGAAUCUCUUCACCAGGCCAUGACAUGGAUGAAAGGUAACGACUUUGCGAAGGUUCGAAACUGGGCACCAUUUAUGCUGAUUGGGGAUGACGUGACAUUUGAGUUUGAAAAACAUGGAAAAUAG